AUGCCCGGUGAGCCCUUCCCCUCGGAGACCCCCGUGCCGACCCCCACCCCGGGCGGCGGGCCGCCACCCGCCGACGGCGAUAAUGGCGGAGACGGCAACGGCGGCGGGGGUGGUCUGAGCGGCGGCGCCUUCGUGGGGAUUGCCAUCGGCGGCGCCGCCGUGCUGAUCCUGGGCGCCGCGCUGGUGUACCUGUGCGGCCGCCGCGGCGGGUUCGAUAAGGCGUACCGCAAGUCGGCGCCGCCCGCUUCCGCCGCCGCGGUCGGUGGUGGUGGUGGCGCGCCCGGGUCGCCGGGUAUGGUGGAGGCCAACUAUGCGAAUGCCGCGGGCGCGGGCGCGGGCCUGGGCCUUGCGGCUGCGGCUGCGGGUCAUAAUCCUAAGAGUCCCGGCCAGGGCACCAUCUCGACGUAUGAUGGGAGGAACUCGGUUUAUGCGGGCCCGUAUCCGUAUCCCGGCACUACCCCGUCGCCUGCACCGCCUGGCGGGGGCCCGGCGCCGGCGUAUGGCUUUGCCCCGGCUGGGCAGCACGGUCAUCAUGAUGGAUCUCCGCAUUCGUCGCCUCGGGCCGAUCAGUACACGCCUUUCCUCCAGCCCCAGGCCCCGGCACCGGUGGAGCUGUCAGCCGGGGAUGCGCCCCCGCCGACGCAGUCGCCGCCUCCGGGGUAUCAGGGGAGGUGA